GUUGUGAGGAUCAGAUGGCUGAAAUAGAUGUGAAAGGGUUUAAAAGCACUAUACACAUGUAAGUUAUUAAAGCAUAUGACCUUGGCUGAGAGAAGGCUGGGGUGAGGCACAGUAGUUGACAAGAUACAGAAUUAGGGUUGUACACCAUGGCCUCGUUGCUUAAAUCUCUGCUAGUUUACCUUGACUGCUUCCUGGAGUUUACAGUCUUCAUUUCUUAAAACCUCUCUAGUUCAUUAGGCUAAUGUAGACACAACAUGUAUUGGUCCUUUUUUAUAUUUGCUGUGUCUGUGACAUAACUACUAGCAAGUGCUUAAUAGUCAAACCACCUUUCCCUCCAUUUUACUUGUCCUUAGUCUCUUAUCUCUAUGGAUAUGAUUCAGAACUGAUAGGAAGCCACAAUCGUGCGUUUUGGUUCAUGUUGAUAACCUUUGAUAUAAUGAGAAAUUGGCUGUCUUAUAAAAUACUCCCUAUAAGUAAAUUCUUUGCAUUCCAUGUUUAGGUUUUUUUAUAUUCAUAAUUAUUUAUCUUUAGGUUUGGUUUGUCAUUUGGACAUCAUGGAAACAAUUUGGAUUAUAUAAGCUUCCCAAAUACUUGUAGCUAAGUUUGUUCUUCUCUGUGUCUUUGUUUUCUGUCUAGUAUGUUGCAGAAAGCAAGCCUGAGAAAAUGUUUCUUCUAGGAAACUCUCCAAAGUCACUUUUUCUCACAAGGUGUUGACAAAAGUUCACCUUGUUAAUGGCACAUAUUAGAAGAGAAUAGCUUUGGGAACAAUUGAAUGUGGUAUGAAUAAGGACAGCUUGCAACAGAUAGCUCUUUUUAAAGCACCAGCCCUUCACAGAUACAUCCCCUUUUCUCUCUGAAACACACACAUUUCCUAGAGGAGAUAAGAUGGUAUCGAGCCAGGCUUCCAAAUUACUUUAGAAGGGAAGCCAUAACUGACCAUCAUUAACCUGACUUAAAGUUCUUAGCAGUUAUUUGGGCUUCCCAGGUGGCUCAGUAGUAAAGAACCUGCCUGCUGAUGCAGGAGACAUAAGAGACAUGAGUUAUUUCAGGAAAUAUAAAAAGCAGACUUGGAAUUUAAAAAGCUUUCCUAUAAUCUAGUGGUGAUGGUGGUGGUUUAGUCUCUUGACUUGUGUCUGACUCGUGAUCCCAUGGACUGUAGCCCGCCAGGGUCCUCUUUCCAUGGGAUUAUCCAGGCAUGAAUACUGGAGUAUUCAUUCCUUCUCCAAUGAUCUUCCUGAUCCAGGAAUCAAAUCUGUGUCUCCUGCAUUGCAGGCAGAUUCUUUAUCGCUGGAACCACCAGGGAAGCCCUCCUGUAAUCUAGAGACUGAAAUAAAAAGUUCAGGCCUGUUGGGAGAGGUUUUGUUUUAUAUUUUGCAGCUCGGUUGCUUACCUAAAUGCUGGAAAUACCAUUAGGUGGAGAAAUGGUCCAAACCACAGUGGGAACAUCCCUGUAACCAGGAACAGAUGGCAGGCAGGCAAGCUGCUCUGUUGAAUGAGUGAUUAUGGAGGAGGUGUGAGGUAGACUACACUGGAAUCAAGUUAGAACUCCUGGGUUCUGAUGCUGUCACGCUUUGUUACAUUGAGCAAAUCACUUGUCUUUUUUUGUGCCUCAGUUUCUUUAUCUCUAAAGAGAGGUUUGUACCAGAUGGCUUUUCUCAUACCUUCCAGAAAAUUAGACGAAUAGCAUAACAGAAGACAAAGUGAAAUUUUGAUUGUCGUGUUUUCAGUCACAGCAGCAUAUUAAUGUUUGUUUGAAAUACUGCUAACAGUUGUAUUUUAAGGAAAGAUUCUACACUAUUGAUAUUUAUGACUUCUUAUGGACUUCUAUUAACUCCACACCCAGACAGAUUCCUUGCUUUUAAAAGGCCUGGAAAUGGAGAUAAUUUUUUUUUUUCUGUGUUGUUUUAGGCCCUUAUGUAGAGGGAUGUAUUUCAGUUACAACUGGAUAACACUACUGUAGAUAGUUAGAUUUUCUGAAAAAUUAAGGAAGUACUUGAAAGAGUUAGGCCCGUACUCUAUUAAUCACUUAAUGGUAACAAAGUAUCAGGCAGGGAUUUACUGGAGAUAAGAGGAGUGCUAAAGCAUGGAGGCCAGGUUGAACUUUGGAGGCGGUAGUGUGCAGACCUGGUGGGUGAAGUGACUUGAAGGUGGGAAUACAACUAAAGGGAAAGUUCUUAAAGAAGUUAACAGGAAAACAGGCCCAGAAAUCCUGCCUGAGCUCUAGGCCCAGCCGGAACUCCCCAUCCGUCCACAAGCAGGUCACUUCACCGUUCUGUACCUCAGGCCCCUCCCCUCUGCAGUGGGAGGCCAUCCCAGCUACCUCACAGGAGCUGCAUGAGGACCCAGUGGACAGAUGGCUGUAACAGGCUCUGUGCUGGGACCGGGGAGGGGGAACAAGCCCAGUAGCAUGUCAGUGUGGGGCGAGAAUCUGCCUCUUGCAAGGGGCCCUUCAAGAAAGAGGAGGAUGAAGGCCAGAGUACCCUGGUAGGAGUGAUGGUCUGCCUCCUGAAGCCUGCAAAGUAAAUGGUGCUGUGUAUACCAGCCUCCCACCACCUUCUGUCUCUCUGUGAAGUGACUUGAUCCUGGUGUGGACAAAUAAAGUUGCUAUCUGUACACAGCUGUGGGUCAGUCCACUACUUUAUGGCGCUAGUGUGAACAUUUGUCCAUCAUCUCCAUCCUCUGCUUUCUGCUUCUCCACUGGCUAACCUCCAGGACCUUACCUCUCUGAGACCUUCAGAGCUACAUGUGCCUUCUGUCCUCAAGUGAGUGAGGUCCUCAGUUGAGAAUUUUCCAUUUCUAAAAGUUCUUUAAAUCCCAUUAAUCCUAUCAGGUCCCAAACUGCCAUUUCUAAGAGUUCAUUAAAUUCCAUUUAAAGCCAUUAACAUACCCUUUUCUGGCAGAUUAUCUGAGUGAUGGAUAACAUACUCAGAGAAAUCAUCCUGGUUGACUUAAAUUCUGUUCUAAAGGCAACAGAACCACUACAUGUCAGGCCAACAUUACAGCAUUGAUGGGGAAAAAAGUUACCAUAGGCACAUUUAGUCUUUUUUUUUUCUUAUCCUUAAAAUAUUUGUCCAGGAUACGGUAUAAAUACUGGGUUUAGAAAAGAGGGGAGGAGUUAGUGGAAAGAAUACAAAACUUUAUAUGAAAGAUCUGGAUUCCAGCCCAUUGCGGUAUUAGCCAUGUGACGUCAGACAAACUGCUUACCUGUGAUAGUGGAGGUGAUAGGAGGAAUCUAUAAGUAUUGCCAAGAAAGUUCUAAACCAAAUUAAUCCCAUUUUAAGCCCCUUUCAUUUCUCCCUUGUUCACACAGGUUAGGGCCCUCAUGUUCGGUAACCCUUGGCGAAGAGCCACUAUUUUCUUCUCCUCCUACUAAACAGUUAAAACUGGUCUCUGGACAGAAUAGCUGCAGCCCCUUACAAGAAGGGUUAAGUGGAAGGAUUGACCUCAUCUUCAUUUCUAGAUGAAAUUAGGCCAAGAAUCAGACUUUUAUUCCUGCUCAAGGCAAAAGUACCUUAGUUGUUCACUGUCUUCACUGCAAGGCAGUCUACCUAGCCUGGUAGAGAAGACCCAGGAUCAAGUACUGACUCUUCCCCUUGUCAGCUUCUCUGAUGAUCCUCAGGCUCGGAAAUAUAUCACGGAAAGUAAAUGUUUAGUCAUUGAAAAAAAUGGGAAGUUACGAUAUGAAAUAGAUACUGGAGAAGAAAAGAAAUUUGUCAGCCCAGAAGAUGUUGCCAGACUGAUAUUUAGUAAAAUGAAAGAAACGGCACAUUCUGUCUUGGGCUCAGAUGCCAAUGAUGUAGUCAUUACUGUUCCAUUUGAUUUUGGAGAAAAGCAAAAAAGUGCUCUUGGGGAAGCAGCCCGAGCUGCUGGGUUUAAUGUUUUGCGGUUAAUCCACGAACCAUCUGCAGCUCUUUUGGCUUACGGAAUUGGACAAGACUCCCCCACUGGAAAAAGCAAUAUUUUGGUAUUCAAACUUGGAGGAACAUCCUUAUCUAUCAGUGUCAUGGAAGUUAACAGUGGAAUAUACCGUGUUCUCUCAACAAACACUGAUAAUAACAUUGGAGGUACCCACUUCACAGAAACCUUAGCACAGUACCUAGCCUCUGAGUUUCAGAGAUCCUUCAGACAUGAUGUGAGAGGAAAUGCCCGCGCCAUGAUGAAGCUGAUGAACGGUGCUGACACUGCAAAACAUUCUUUGUCAACCUUGGGAAGUGCCAAUUGCUUCCUUGACUCAUUGUAUGAAGGUCAGGAUUUUGAUUGCAACGUGUCCAGAGCAAGAUUUGAACUUCUGUGUUCUCCACUUUUUAAUAAAUGUAUAGAAGCAAUCAGAGAAGUCUUAGAACAAAGUGGAUUUACAGCAGAUGAUAUCAACAAGGUUGUCCUUUGUGGAGGGUCUUCUCGAAUCCCAAGGCUACAGCAAAUGAUUAGAGAUCUUUUCCCAGCUGUUGAGCUUCUCAAUUCCAUUCCUCCUGAUGAGGUCAUCCCUAUUGGUGCAGCUAUAGAAGCAGGAAUCCUUAUUGGGAAAGAAAGCCUUUCAGUGGAAGAUGCUCUUCAGAUAGAGUGUUCGGCCAAGGAUAUUUUAGUUAAGGGAGUUGAUGAAUCAGGAGCCAACAGCUUCAAAGUACUGUUUCCAUCAGGGACUCCUUUGCCAGCUCGAAGACAACACACAUUACAGGCCCCUGGAAGUAUAUCCUCAGUGUGUCUUGAACUCUAUGAGUCUGAGGGGAAAAACUCUGCAAAAGUGGAAAACAAGUUUGCACAGGUUGUGCUCCAGGAUUUAGAUAAAAAAGAAAAUGGAUUACGUGAUAUAUUAGCUGUUCUUACUAUGAAAAGGGAUGGAUCUUUACAUGUGACGUGCACAGAUCAAGAAACUGGAAAAUGUGAGGCAAUUACUAUAGAGGUGGCAUCUUAGUAUUUUACAGGAACCAUGAAUUUUUUAAAUCUAAAAUGUCAACAUUAUUUCAUUUUGUUUAAGAAUGUUUAUAUUAAAAUACUUUUCAAAUGACCUGUAUGAUCUAUGUUUCUAUUAAACUAUAGUAUAUUGUUAA